AUGCAUCAGCUCGUGCCCGAACAACAGCUUCAGAUGGCCAACAUUCAUCGCUUUACUCCCUCCUGCUCGCGUUGUCGUCAGAAGAAGCUCAAAUGUGAUACCAACCUCCCAUGCAAUCAGUGCAUCGCCAAAGGCAUACAUGAUGAAUGCCGCAAAGACCCUAGGAUACCUCGUGGCAGAAAGCGACCUAAACUAGCAUCAGACUCUUCCGACAAGCCCGAAGAUGAGAUCGCAUCUCUUCGCAAGCGAGUCAAAGAGCUUGAGGAUAUCAUCGCUCGCAAAGGUCGACAAAGCUCGCAUUCACAGCCCCCUUCGCCUUCAGCCGGUUUUUUUCCUUCUGACAAGCCAUUGAAUUCGUCACGCAAGCUUGGCACAAGGUCGCGCGGCUCACACAAUACGGGCCCCUCCGAAGUCGGUGGCAGCGCAUCAAGAGACGCUUACAGUCCUCCUGGCCCUUCCACCGAAUCCAACGACGAGCAACCAGGCGAAACCGAGAACUCGCUCGUCACGCUCGAAAAGCUUGCUGCUUCCCAUCCUUGUGUCAGUGAACCAGGUCGCGGUAAAGCCGACAGCAAGCAGAUCAACAACCUUCUGCCGAGCCAGAUUGCACACCAUAGCCUGAACACCUACUAUCCCCAGCCAGCUCUCUUGCACGAACGCAUCGAGAUCCUCGUGCUUGCAAAAAAGCUGGUUCCGGACAAGGACAUCGUAGAUGCGCUCAUCCACAUAUUCAACCUUCGAUGUCACAAUCUGGUCGGAAGGAUCAUACACAUGAUUUCAUUCCGCAGAGACAUUGACUAUUUCAAUGACGCCACCAUUGAAGAGCUGUUGACCUCGCCACUCGACAUGUACGAUCUUUCCCGGUACCUUAUGGUGCUUCGUCUUGGCAUGCGCUUCUAUCCGUGGAAGGCUGGCAUGUUUAUCGACGACACUUCACCCGAGUUCAUUACAGUCAAUGCGCUCAAGAACCGAGGCGAUGAUAUUUCGCUGCAGUGGUUGAAUCUUGCCAAGCGCACUUUGGCUGCUCAUCGUACUUUCAGUCUUGGCUCGCUGACAGCUAUUCAGACGGCCUUGCUCAUGAUCUUGGAUGGACGCGAUUCUCCAAGCUAUCUGAGGAUGCUGUUGCGCAUUUCCAUUCAGACUGCGCUCGACACGCGGUUGCAUCGACUUGGAGAUGCGAUGCCGACGCUUAAGAAUCCGGACGAGGAUAUUGUGCGUCUCGAGACAGGUGUUCGUAUCUGGUGGUAUCUCGUGGUCAAAGAUUGGUGCUCGGCACAGCGCCAAGGUGCGUACACCAUCCAUCCCUCGCAGAUGACCACUCGUCGACCACUUCAUACCACAGACGCACGUCUCUCGCGAGGUCGCACUGACGAGGUUUCACACGAUGAAUACUGCGAGACUAGCUACACCCUGCGCCAGAUCCAACUCGCCAAUAUCAUCCGCGAAAGCAUCGACCUGCGCAACGAACAAAGCACCCUCGGCGGCGCAUACGAUCUCAUCUCGCCCAACAAUAAGAAGCUUUUGCACGUCAAGCUCGAGUCCUUCCUCAGCGAUCUACCUCCCUUUUACAGGCUGGAUAGCAGCGAGAUGCGGCCAGACGUGCUUGUUGUUCAGAGGUGUUUAUUGCAUCAACAGGCGUUUGAUAUUCUGCUCAAGCUCAAUCGGAAGAGUCUGUCGUCAUACAGCGAGGGAGCGACGUGUACCUUGUUAGCAGAGCAGAUAGUUUCCACGCAGAAGUUGUUAAGGAGUGUUUGUCCUGUCAUUGACGGGUUCUGGGUUAACUUUUUGCAUCUAUUUGGUGCGACGUUGACGUUGACCAUUUCAUUGUUGUUGCAUGAGGGCGUGGAUGCGGAAACGAGGGAGAGAAGGCGUGAUAAAGUCAAUCUGGCCUUGACGACAAUGCGUGAGACGCCGGGGUCGGAUCGUGGCAGUAGGACCAUCGAGAUUUUGCUUGCCGAGGAGCAAAAGCAGUGGGAUGCCGAACAGCAUCGUUGGGGAGAAAAAGCACAAAGGCGGCCACUUGAUCUGGCCUCGUUGACUCGUAGAAUUCUUGCUCACAGCUCUGAGCUCGGAGACGUUGCCACUCCUCUCUCCGAUCCAAGUGCAAACGGCAUCUCCGCCAGCACUCUCUGGGAUAAGACACCCGACGAGAGUGUGGUUCCGAGUUUUGCUUCUUCUUGGGGCAUCACUUGGAGCGAUCCUAUAGAUCCUACUGGGAUCAUUUCGAGUUUCAACUCACCGCUGGACUUUUCGACGAAUGGAGUAUACCCAGGAGAGCCAUAUAUGCAAGAUAGGAGGACAAGGCCAUAUCAGCAUUCCUUGAGACCUUGGGCUGAACCGUCUCCCCCCGACUCGCAACCACAGGGUGCAGCUGCGGGGCAGAACAGCUUAUGGGAUUGGGUUUUCAGUCAAGCUGCCUUGCUGGGGACUGUUGAACCUCCUACUGAAGGUCCUCCUGCGGCGGUGGUGGGAGGGAAAGGAGGAGGGGGAGGGGGAAGGGAAGUUUCUGUGUCCUCUCCGUUUCCAGCAGCAUCUAGUGGCGCAGAGGAGGCGCAUGGGAGGUUUACGGCAAACGUAGAAGCGGUGAUCGAUAGGAGAGCUAGACACUUGUAUCCUUCCAACAGACGAUAA